GCACUCGCAUCCCACUCUCUCAUCUGUCGACCGUACACACCUCUACAGUAGAACCAUGUCCACUCAGAAGGCUUUGAUCCUCCCCGAGAAGCAGGGCGAAUGGAAAGUGGUCGAUGUCCCCAUCCCGACCCCCGGCCCCAAAGACGUUCUCGUCAAGGUCGUCGCCACCGCCUUGAACCCCGUCGACUGGAAAAUCAAGGAGUACGGCUACUUUGUCUCUGACUACCCCUUUGUCGGCGGCACCGACGGCGCGGGCAUCGUCGAGCAGGUCGGCUCCGAAGUCUCCAACCUCGCGAAGGGCGAUAAGAUUCUAUUCCAAGGCUGGUUCACCAACGACAAGGCGACGUUCCAGCAGUACACUAUCGUCCCUGCGGAAAUUACGGCAAAGAUCCCCGAGAACAUCUCGUUUGAUCAGGCUGCGUCCGUCCCGCUCGGACUCGCUACCGUCACGACCGGGCUCUGGAACCAUCACCCCGACGCGAAGUCCGCCAGCCUCGUCGCGCCGUACGAGGAGGGCGGCGAGACCACGUACGCGGGCAAGCCCGCGGUCAUCCUCGGGGGCUCGUCUUCCGUCGGCCAGUACGCCAUCCAGGCCGCGCGGCUCUCCAAGUUCUCGCCCAUCAUCACCACCGCGUCCCCCCACAACGAGGCGCUCCUCAAGUCCCUCGGCGCCACCCACGUCCUGGACCGCUCCCUCCCCGCGUCGACGCUCGCUGCCGAGGUCGCGAAGAUCGCGGGCGGGAAGCCCGUCGAGUUCGUCUACGACGCGAUCUCGCUCGCGGACACGCAGGCGCUCGGAUACGACGUGCUCGCGCCGGGGGGCGUGCUGUUCCUCACGCUGCCCGUGCAGAUCCCGGAGGACAAGCGGAAGGCGGGGGACAAGAAGAUCGUGAACGUGUUCGGCAACGUGCACUCCCCUGAGAACAGACAGCUUGGUGUCGAGCAGUACAGCAGGCUGACGGAGUGGCUGAAGACGGGCGCGAUUGUGCCGAACAAGGUCGAGGUGCUUCCGAACGGCCUUGCAGGUAUCCCGGAGGGUCUGGAGCGGCUGAAGAACAACAAGGUUAGCGGGACGAAGCUCAUUGGCCAUCCCCAGGAGACCGCAUGAGACAAGGCGUAGUGAAGCCAAAUUGUAUUUGUAUCAUGUACAAUGACAGGAGUCUGUGGCUACAACUCAUCCACGGACGUGAGCAGCAUGCGCAGACUUGAC